CUGAGCCACAUUUUCUCCUACUUAUAACUCCUUUGCUCAUAUUACUUCAACCAAGCAUGGGUGCCACCACUUACGACAUUGAGAUCCCUUCCUCCAUCUCGGCCGCAAAGAUUUUUAAGGCCGUGGUGCUUGAUGUUGACACCCUCGUCCCCAAGAUCAUGCCACAGGCAAUCAAGAACGUUGAGAUCUUGGAAGGGGACGGUGGCGUUGGGACCAUCAAGCUUAUUCAUUUUGGCGAAGGAAGUCAGUACAAGAGUGUCAAGCACCGUGUGGAUGCGAUCGACAAGGAGAAUUUGACCCAUAGUUACAGCAUAAUCGAGGGCGAUGUUCUUGGAGGAGUUAUUGAAUCCGUUACCUAUCAUGUGAAGAUCGUCCCAACUGAAGAUGGAGGAAGCAUUUGUAAGAACAGAAGCAUCUAUAACACAAAGGGUGAUGCUGAGAUUAGUGAGGAGAAGAUUAAGGAAGGAAAAGAGAAGGCCAUGGCUAUGUUCAAGGCCAUUGAAGCUUACCUCCUUGCCAGUCCAGAUGCCUAAAACCUCCAAUAAUACACAGCUAUGAGCCAUGCAUGCAUGAAAACUGUUGUUUUGUGUGAUUUUAUUUCUUUGUUUCUUCAACUUUGUAUUUUCCAAUAACAUGCAUUUUUGUUGUAUGCUUUUCAUCAAAUUAAAGUGUUUUUUUUUUCUACCAAAACUAUGUCGAGUUGCCAACCAACUAACGUUAUUUCUACAAUUCUACUUAUUGAACUGUUUCACA